GGAGGUACGGUAAUUGGUAGUGCUAGAUGUAAAGAUUUUCGAGAAAGAGAGGGUCGUGUUAAAGCAGCCCAUAAUCUUAUUAAAAAUAACAUCACUAACCUGGUGGUAAUUGGUGGAGAUGGUAGUUUAACUGGUGCUAACCUGUUCCGACAGGAAUGGUCCAGUUUAUUAGAGGAACUUCAUUCUAGAGGAAUGAUCUCAAUGGAAGAAAGAAUCGGAUGUCAGGAUCUGAAUAUCGCAGGAUUGGUUGGUUCCAUUGACAAUGAUUUCUGUGGAACUGACAUGACUAUUGGUACCGACUCGGCAUUACAUCGUAUCAUAGAAUCCGUUGACGCCAUUACAACUACUGCUUCAAGGUAA